GUAAAUUUCAAAAGAAAUGAGUUUGUAGUCAGACUUCAAGAUAUGCAGCAGGUAUACCAAAUGACAAUAUGGUGGUGUGACGCGACCGCGCAGUUUGAGAGGAGGCCCCGCGCGGGCUGCCUCCGCGAGUGAGUCCUAGUGGGGCCCGCGCGACAGUUUGAGUGGAGACUUCUAUCCGACAGCAUCGCAGAUCUUUUGCCUCCGAUACGAGUUGAUACUUGACGAGCAGAAGUGCAGUAGAGGAGCAGCAUCUAGCACACCUUUCUACGACAAGAUGAUCUUUCCAGCGCACGUAUUCGAGAGCGAAAUGCCGCCAUCUGACUUCAUGCUCAAGAUGAAGAAGUGGGUGGUGGUCAUUGGAAUUGCACAGUUUCUUUGUGUAUUGGGCAGGAUUGUUGUCGGCGAUAGUAUGGGAGCACUCUUUAUGGUGAGUACUGCAAUCAUUGGAUUGAAGCUAUUGUUAUAACUCGUCUUGCGUUACUAAUAGAUAGACGUAGUUGUACUUAGCGUCGGUAGUUGUGAAAAACCAGGCGGAAAAAAUUCAACUGUCUCAAUACGAGAAAAAAAAAGCGUUCUUCCUUUUCUCUAAGGCUCGCAUGAUGUUCGUUGUAUCGAUGGCGUACAUGAUUUGCUUCGGGGAACCGCCUUUGCACGUGCGUUGGGUUUUCAUGUGGACUUUCUUUUGCUUCAUCAAUGCAGGUAUUAUAUUUUAGCAUACUUACUUAGCUCUCUUAGAUCACUACUUUACUCGCUUAUUUCAGUUUAUCGAAUACACAAUAAAUUGACUCUUCAUGAACUCAGCAUCUCAUACUACACAUCCCAAUAAUCGCUCGUGCCUUCAGGGGAUGUUUGAGGCCUAUGCAGAAGUUUUCCUUGCUCGUUCUUCUGGAACAAUGUAGCAGAAGGUGCUUGUAUUUCCAUUGAUUAUGUAGAAGUUCUCCUUGAUCGUUCUUCGUAGCGAAAAAAUGUUCACGAGAAAGGUUCACAAGGAAUUUCUGCAUUUCCAUUUGUUUUGAUGGUUUACUUCACUUGUUUGAAGGGUUCGACUUCGCGAUUGCUGCUGUCCGGUCUAUCCACGUUUACCAGCACUAUGAGACAAAUGGGAAGGACGAUCUCAAAGACAAGGUUCCGGUGUGGCAGAUAGUGGUGGUGCUAGUAGUGUCCUGGCUUGGCGCAAUAUCGGAGAUCUGCGGUGCGGUGUUGGGCUACAAGGUCUUUCGUUUUCUAUGAGUACAGAUUGGAGAAAGUGUUGUAGUUUUCUAUCCUAUAAUAUAAGCUAACUAUUUUUACUAGAGAUGAUAUUCUUGUUGUUCACAAAAACUAGAUGAAAUAUUGAUAAAAACUGCUUCAGCAGUCGUUUUGUACAGCAUAAAGCAUCUCCAUCUCUCUCUGAUUAUCCACCCAGAUGUACCAAGACUUUCAAGACCAGGAAAUGCAAGCAAUGAAUCAACUAGCACACGCCCACGGUUUUGGUGGGCCACUUUACGGCUCCUUCGCGAGCGGUCGUAGCGGAGGACGCACCAGUGCGGGUUUCGCUGGCGCAGCAGGCGAGGCUGGAGCGACCCAUUAUGACCAAAAAAUUUUUUAUCCAUAUUUCUCAGCAUCUCCCUGGUAUCCUUUUGUUCCUAUAGAAGCAAGAAGACAAGAGAACAAACGGUACCACUGAGAUGAGGGGACCAAGAUCGAUGAAUCCAAAAGCACGCUCUAAAGCCAGACCGCUCAAGGCGCUGGUGCAGAGUAUGCCAAUCUGCGAGGGGUCGUGCGGAGUAGUGCCACUGGACCCGAACCAAUCCAACCUUUUGCGGGGAAAGGUCACCGUCUCUCAGCUGACGAUGGCACGGACACUGCGCGAGAGAACACGGCUGGUGACACUGCGCGGUCGUGAUUUCGCCUGCAAGAUUCUCAACUUUUUCUGUAUGAAUAUUAGCUACGAGAACAAUCGUUGCUGGCGGAUCAUGACAUCUACUUCCGAAGCAAGACGACUCUUUCGCAGCAGCUUGGAGCAAUCCUUCCUUCUAUCUAAGAAAUAUCGUUUUCCGAUAAGCACUUCUGCGCUGCCAGCACAAGCUCAGAAUCUGAGCCCGAUGCUCCUCCAGCACAACAUAACUUCUAUCACAACUACAAACAGAAUUGCGAACUCAACAAACAGAAGUGGGCAGUGCUUUUUUCGGAUUUUCCAAUGGUGAACAGAGUGGAAUUAUGCGUAGUUGCACAGAAAGAAAUAGAAUAGAUUCAGAUUGAAGUAACGCGGCUUGCAUAGUAAAAAAAAUCCGAAAAGUAGUGAUUCACUAGGGCCUCUGAAGAACAUAAUUACAACACUUAUAAUAUGAUGUAUUAGAUGAGAAAUGAAUUAUGAACUUGUCAUUUUUACAAAUGAAGAUCUGUCAGAUGAAUUGAGAACUUGUUUUUCUUCCUGCUAUAGGUUUCUUUCAUAAAUGAGUCCUUGCUACCAAGUAGUAGUGCUGCAGUGUCGAGUAUCAUUCCGCAAGAGUUGUAAGCUGCAUGGCUCUAUACAGGAUCGCGUGUUUUUCAGCAGGGAUAGG